AUCAAAUCGCCGUCACUCUCGUCGCUACUUUUCACUGGUGCUGACCUGUCUCUAGUAAGAGCUCUCGUCGCGGAAACCACUACUACUACUGCUGCUGCAGGAGGAAGAAGACCAGCUUUGGUUAUAGAUUUUUCACUUUCUGGUCUGAGGGGAAAAAUGUGGAUUUUCGCGUGAAAAUCGUACGAAUUAGUGGCGAAAAGUGAGUUUCGAUUGAAGUUCGAGCACUUUUGAUGGCGGAAGUGAACGGGAAAGUGGAAAAUUAACGCUGCCUGCUACGACGAUGAUGGAGUGGAAAAUGGGCAAUCUGCCCCAUCACUAAUGUCGCAUUGCAGAUGUUGAAGGCGAAAAAUGAAGCAUUUCUUCCGAAUCAGUUCAAGUGAUACGUCCAUUUCCAGCGAUGUUGUGAAGUACUAAAAAUCUUCCCAUAACAAAAAAGAAAUGAAGCUACUGAAGUGGUGAUCACUUAAUUGAUCAAACCGAUAAGCUAGAGUGAGACGGGCCUUCAACUCGAAAAUGGUGCUGUGAAAAUCACAAAAUUUUGCUGCAGACUGGUGGAACUGGUGGAAAUCUACAAUAUCAGAACGGAGCUGCAACACCCUAGGAUAAUCAAUUUCAGCAUACAACCCACAAUUAGCGAUACAUCAAACAUCAACGACCAACACGAUGGAUAGAAAGCAUUGGAUUUUAAUACCCUUAGUGCUAGUAGGAGUGUUUUGGUAUUGGAUACCGCAGGUGUCAGCCGAGUGCCAAACACGAUCAAUUUACUGCUACGAGUGCGACAGCUGGACGGACGCCCGAUGCAAGGACCCCUUCAACUAUACGGCCCUCCCGCGGGACCAGCCCCCCCUGAUGACGUGCAACGGAUGCUGCGUGAAGAUGGUGCGGCACUCGCGAACACCUUAUGAAGUCGUCAGACGAAUGUGCACAUCUCAGUUACAGAUAAACUUGUUUAUGGUAGAUCAUGUGUGUAUGAUGGAAAGUUCAGGCAAUGGCCAUAUGUGUUUUUGUGAGGAAGAUAUGUGUAACGCAAGCCCCCCCAGCUUGCUGGUCGCCAAGCACUUGAAUGUGAAAAUGUGUAUCACGAGCGUACUCGCCGUCAUUUUGCUGAAUACCGUCCAGCGAGUAUUUCGGUAAACCGCCAACCGAUUCCGAUUGUGAAAGUCGAGCCAAAAUCCAAAACGAACGAAAAAAAAGUCGUUCGAACAAACUAGGAAUCAUGACAAACGACAAAAACCGCUCGAUUUUUUCGUUUUUCUACGCAAAAGUUUUUCUCGCUUUGCUCAUUGCAGGUGGUUUGCGGUGAUUGUGGAAUUUCUUACAAAUCAUCCGAUCUACAGCCCUGAAAAACAACCCGUAAAUCAUUUAGCCACUUAACAAAACCAUCCCUCGAAAGACGCGAACUCAUGCUCAACCCUACUAUUAUCCUUAUUAUUUAUCAUGUUGCGAAAAUAAAAUCGAUGAUGACCAUUUGAAUGAGUCUAAUCGUCGAAAAUUUUGUUAACAUCACUAAUCGCUAUAUGAGGUAGAUGUGUACCUUAGUUUCAUCUGAUCAAUACCCAAAAGUGCACAGUGCUGGCAAAAUGUGUUAUCUCUUUGAAUUCCUUAAUCGUCCUCGUCGUCCAAGAAAAACGUAAAACAGAACGACUCCAUCUGUCAGAAUCCGAUACCCAAAUUUCAUCAAAUCGCCCCAACUCCUCUCUUUUAAGAUAACGUUUCCCAUUUACGUAUAUUAGUCAAACUCCCUCUCUUCAUACAACCUUCAUAAAGGAAACCUAAGUAACUGCAUGAUAACCAAACUAACGUUCAAAUUCGUAUUUUUCUUUUAUUUUCUUUAAUCCAACCUACUAACUUAACCCUAAUCUCUCUUAAACUCUCGAAUCCAGCUAUAGAAGUUUUCACUCCUAUUACAACCUACAAUUAAACCAGUUUUUUCCCUAGUUGAAUGAUUUCACACGUUCCAUUUGUUCAUAACAUAGACUUAGAUUAUCUAUUAUGCUAUCUAAAGAACGCAAGAGUUUCUUUUUUUACUGAGCAGAUUUAUUAAAUCCCCAUUUUCAUCUGUAAAGAAUAUUCGCUAGUUUCUUGGUAUUGUUAUUAUUCUCAGUAAUUAGAUUAACACUCAUGCACUAACGAGUGUAGUGAAAAAGCUUUAAAACAUUGAGCAAAAUUGAGCAAACGCUGGAAAAACACACCCACUGUAAAUAGCUAGAGUUAUCAUUUUCUACACCAUAAGCUGAGCUAAUGGUAACAAUAAAGCAUCACAGAAAUAGUGACGAGCAUGAAAAUAUCAUACACUUUUAUCAGAAAACAGGUAGAUAGUAAGUCAUGAAAUACAAUAAUCUCGACUUAAUUGGGUUGUUGGUAAAAAUUAGGUGCUAACGGUUCAUUAUGAAAUUAUUUUAAUUGCAAAAUAAACACUUUGAAAUUUAUUUAUUCCUAAAACAAAACAAAACUUUAAAUUAAAAUCAGUAACAUUUAACUCUCAAACCGAGAGUAAAAUGCUCCUCACAGUUUUGCAAGAAGUCAGAAACUGUUAGCACCUUAUUGCGGAAACCCAAAGGACAACAACGCGUAGACAGAUUAAACAGAUUCCUCCUAAAAAUAUUCUAAAUCAGAGCUAUACAAGAGGAAACAAUCACACAUCGAGCAUGGAACGAGUAGCACACCCUCAAACACUACGCUAAAACAGAAAAAAAACAGUUGCGAAACUUUCACUUAAAUCAUUGCAUGCGUUGAUUUGUUUACCAUGUUGACAGAUUAUUGGGAAAUGUUUCAUCGGUCAACUUUGACAAAGAUGGCGUUGCGUGAAUCUGAGGCGUAACGUCAUGAUUCGAAAUCCGGACACUUAGUAGCAUAUCAUUUUUGUUAAUGCUGGCAAAAAAUCAUGUAAUAAGAUGGAAAUGUAGAAAUAUCAUAAGGAUGUAGUACAAACAGUCAGUUUCAA